GUUGGACAGCAGCAGCGCCAGAGCACCAGUAGCUCCCCAUCUCGGCUUCAGGUCAGCGGAAUUGGACCGCGAAGGGUCGUGGCAUCUCCCCUCUCAAGCUCCUGUUCGGAGGCUCUGAGGAAGUGGUGAGGAGAGAAGGUGUGUGGAAAAGAAGAAUCAGACUCCUUAGUCUUCUUUGGACGCUUUGGACGCAACAAUGUCUGAAAACUUAGACAGAAGAUUCUGCAAUCUCACCUGGGAUCAAGUUAAAAUACUAGAUCAAGUGUUAAGUGAAGUGGUACCGAUUCAUGGAAGAGGAAAUUUCCCAACACUGGAUGUGAAAACCAAGGAUAUCAUCCUCGUGGUACAAGAUGAACUCCAGAAGAGAGAAAUUAUCAUCAAAGAUAUUCGUCUGAAUGGUUCAACAGCUAGCCACAUCCUUGCAAAGCAGAAUGGAACCAGCUAUAAGGAUCUCGACAUCAUUUUUGGUAUUGGGUAUCUAGGUGAGCAAGAAUUUCAUAUUGUUAAGGAGGCUGUUCUGAAUUGUCUGCAAGACUUCUUCCCAAAAGGUGUCAAUAAAGAGAAGAUCACGGCACAGACCAUGAAAGAUGCUUAUGUCCAGAAGAUGGUGAAAGUUUCCACUGAACACGACCGCUGGAGUCUCAUUUCUCUGUCAAACAACACUGGGAAGAACAUGGAAUUCAAGUUCGUGAAUUCGCUUAGACGUCAGUUUGAAUUCAGUGUCGAUUCCUUCCAGAUAAUCCUAACCAACCUUCUGGAGGUCUACAGGGAUGUCAAUUCUGUGUUGAGCGAAGAAUCCUACCCUGUUAUUGUGGCAGAGAGCAUGUAUGGAGACUUCGAGCAAGCAAUGGAUCAUCUGCGACACAAGCUAAUUUCCACCAGAAACCCUGAAGAAAUUAGAGGUGGAGGCCUUCUCAAGUACAGCAACCUACUGGUCCGUGAUUUCAAGCCCGCAAGUGAGACGGAAAUCAAAACCUUGGAGCGUUACAUGUGUUCCAGAUUCUUCAUUGAUUUUCCUGAUGUGAAUGAGCAACAAAAGAAGAUUGAGUCCUACCUACGUAACCAUUUCGUUGGUGAAGAGAACAGCAAAUAUGACUACCUGAUGACCUUGCGUGGUGUUGUCAACGAAAGCACCGUUUGCCUCAUGGGGCACGAAAGAAGACAGACCCUGAAUAUGAUCACCAUUCUGGCUCUAAAAGUGCUUGGAGAACAAAACAUCAUACCCAACACAGCCAAUGUGACCUGCUAUUACCAGCCUGCUCCGUAUGUCGCUGAUAGAAAUUUCAGCAGUUACUACGUGGCUCAUGGACACCCAUUCAUCUAUCAGUCAUACCCACUGCACAUCCAUGUGCAGGGUGGUUUGGUUUAAGUAAAACCAAAGCAGAAAACCAGCAGAAAUAAAGACCUUCUGAAAGCAAGUUUUCAAAUCUCAUUGAUUUUAGAAUCUUUUUUUUUUCAGAUUACCAGUUAUUUCCUAUUAGUCACACUUUAUACCAUCUACCAUCCAUAAAGGCAGGACAUGAAAAAAAAACCCAAACCAAAUUACGAAACAAAAAACUAACUGUGACUUUGCCAUUUACAGUGACUUUUGAGUGUUCCUAAGAAAUGCAUUAGAGGUGUUUUCAUCUUUAACAGAAACGAAGAAAAGACUAGUCUCCAAAUACAGAUGCUCAGUGAUGCCAAGUGCCACAAAGUUUUAUAAUCAAACACAACCAGAACCAUUUUAUCCCUUAAAACAUUUCAGUUACCACGUCAAGAAAAUAUCCAAGCAUUUGACAAAGUAGAAAUGCCUAAUUUCAGAGGUCCCAGAUUCAGAAGAUAUUAAGAUGAUGGAUUCAGCAAGCAUGGAUCUUCUUUAAGCAAAUAUAGGGUCAAAAGCAAAAAUCUUACCUUACUUAGUUCAAAAAUACUUUUGCAAAAACAGGCUGUUAAUCAUCAUCUCACAAAUGAGACUUUUGUUUAUUAUAUAAUUGAUCAAAUUCUGAGAAGAUGAAACAACAUCUGUACAAUAGAUAUCAAGAUUACCUCUGCAGGUCAUUUUGGUUUCCCCACUAAAUGAUAAAUGAUCAAUUCCACAUGCAGAAGCGUUCUGUAAAUAAUUGUCCAACAGAAACAUAAGCCAAGUGGCAAACAGGGAAAAAACGAGGCAGGUUUGUGGCAUUUUGAAAUCUUUUCAUAGUGGCAUUUACAAUUUCAUUAUAAAUUUGUCCUCCAUUUUAAUAAGUCUGUGUAUAUAGGAUAGGAGCAGAUGAUCUCACGAACAGGAAAUGAAGCAUUUGGGGUUUCUUUUGUUUUUACCAAAGAUCAGUUUCCAACAUGCCACUCAAUACCUCCCUAUGUCAGUUUUCCCCUGAACGCUGUAAUUUAUUCUGCAAGUGGACCUGCUCAAUGCCAAAUUCUCUAAUAUUUACUUAGCAGAUCAAAUAUGUUGUUUGCAAAUCUACCUAUGAGAUCAAAUGUUUUGUGUUUUUCCCCUUUUCACAUAUGUAUUCACCUGGGAAUAAUAUUCUAGGAGAUGAUGCGGAGAAGGUGAAAGUAACCUCUAGGGUUAACGGAUGUAACACUGCUAGAAGGCUUCCAGCAUUUUUUCUCGGGUCUGAUUUGCAUUCUGAGUUCUCCAUUUUACAUUGUGUUACAAAGUGAAGUUUAGUCCCCUACCAUAGGAUGCUUCUUUCAAGAAUCUUAUAUUCAUUUUAAAUUAAGUAUUUAUUUCAACCAGGUUUUGUUUUCUUUAUAGUAGUACCAGACACAAAAGUACAAAAAUGUGGUAUUUUGAACUAAACAAUAUUUCUGAGACCUGACAUUUUUCACACCACUGCACAACUUUCUGUGUGUAUGUGUGUGUGUGUGUGUGUGUGUGUGUAUAUAUAUAUAUAUAUAUAUAUAUAUAUAUAUAUAUAUAUAUAUAUAUAUACAUAUACACAUAUAUGUAACAGAGCAUUAGGGUUCUCAGUAUCGAUUUCAAUGUUAUAUGGCCUCAUUUCUUGCUUUUCUAGUAUUUGGGACAAAGUAGGAAAGUGAUCUACAAAGGGAAAAGAUUGCACUAAUAGUCCACCUGUGAGUGGUAGAUAAAGAACAAGUGUAAUUUUCUCAUCGAAAGAUAGUUAGUCAGAUUUCACCCUUAGCAUAUUCUUAGUUGAAAUUAUUGAUGACUGCCUGUGUAUAAAUAACAAAGGGCCAUUUGCUUUAUUAUAUCCUUAUGAAACAUGAAACCAUCUGACAAGAACACAUAUGAAAAUCAUCUGUGGCAAGAUCUAAAGAAGAAUUAUAACAGUAAUGGUGAGUCAGUAUAAAUGAUAUUAUCUGCAAGUAGCAUUUUACUACCUAGAACCCUAACUAUCUGAAAGCAUUUGGGUAUACCUGGCUGUCAAGGAAUCCAUCUGCUUCUUAAAUGGUUCAACUGGUGAUGUUAAUUCCUUAAAGCCUACAAAGGAGAAUCCUCAAGGGGUUCUGCUGAGGUUGUUAUCACCAGGACCCCAAUUAUUCCUGGUAAACUUACCUUUCUAUGAGACUUUGAUGGCUGCAAAGCCACACACUUAUCCCUUUGAUAUACUUUUUCAUUGGAGGACAGAAUUUACUGGCACAUACAUUACAUAUUUUCUGUCAAGUGGGAAUCCUCACCUGAGACUAUGAAGCUAUUACUAGAGAGAAAACCAGUUCUUUAAAGGGAGAUAAUAAAUAGCCUUAUUUUUCAGGCUUUCCCUGCCCAAUCAUCUCCCCAAAACGUUUUAUGCUGAAUUACAAUCCCCACUGCAUAAGCAACUCAUACAGAUUAAGCUAGUGCUUUGGGAAGCCAUAUUAUUUCAGAUCAUUGAGAAAUUAGUUGGGAUGUUUCUCACUCAGACAACUUAACAGUGACCUUCGGACCUCCUGAGGGAAUAGAGAACAUGCAAGACUCUGGCUCAAUAUUGUACAUAGCUCAUUUCAUUUUAGGGGUGGGAGUUGUUACCCUUGCAUAUUCCCCAACCCUUGACCACCUUUGCAUGCAUUCUGAGCUGAGGCUUACAGCAUCAGAUUGAUUUCCCAGAAAGCCCAUCUGAAAGAACAUCUUGGUCCAGUACUAGAAUUUCACCUGGUGAAACAACUUUAAUAAGCCAAAAAUGUAGGGUUCUUGCCACCAUAAUGUUCUAUAUUUUAUGGAUAUCAAACUUAUUGUCAAUUGGCAAAAUUUGGGGGGAUGAUUUAAAAUGACUUGUAUAUAGAAACAUUUCCUUAGCUAAUGUGUCCAAUGUCCAUCUUAAAGAAAAUUGGGAUAGUAAGAUUAAGCUUUUUGGUUAGGAAGUAUCCCGAGUUCAUUUUAAAACAAGAGCUAGAGCAAUUGGGCUUUCAGCAUAGUGUUUCAUGAAUCUACUAAAUGUUAGAAACAAAGAAAAACCCAUUUGGUUUUGUAUGUAUUUUUGAGAGAGCAUCAAGUAAUGUAGGUAAACUAUCAUGAAUGUUUUUCUUCAUUCCCAAAAGGAUUAAAUAAUCCCUAUGACCCUUUUAGAGCCAAGACUUCAAGGCACUGAUUUAUAUUAGAAAAAUAAGACAAUAGUUAUAGUUAGCAUCUGCCAGGUCACGUGUAGAAGGCAUUUUGGGGAAGAAUGUGGCCAGGAGGGAGAAUUUCUUUACAAAAAUUGUACUUGUGGGACUCAAGUUUAAAUUGAUACCACCGAGUACUGGCAUUAAGGCAAGUGGUUUCCAAAUGAAUUAUUCCACUGCACUUAUUUCUAUACAGAUCAGUGGUGACAUUUGGACCAUGUCCUUCAAGGGUCAAUAAUUUGCACUGACAUUAUAGACGACCCUGGAUGCUCAUACUUGCACAAGUGAAUUAUUGACUUAGGAUAUACACAGCCAUGGAAGUAUCAGAGCAUGUCUCCAUGAGAAUGAUGACUGUGAUGAGUGUGAUAAGUGCCAUUGCACCACUAUCAUAUUCAGUAGAAACAUGUCAUUUUCAGCGCAGUCCUUUACAGAAGAAUUGUUCAUAUUCUGGACCACUAGUAAGAGAAUAAAAUUUAACUUUUCAAACAAUUGGACAAAAUAAGUAUAAACAAGAAAUGUCUGUAUGGACUUGGUUUAAAUCUCUAAGGAAAUACUAAUGAGAAAUUUGGGGCUAAAUCAAGAAAUCUAGUCACUUGUGCCAAUUAACUCCUAAAUGUAUUUUAAAAGAUAAGUGUAUUUUAAUUUUCCUUUGUAAUUAUUUAAAAAGUGGCCCAUGUCUCUAUAUGAAAUUGAAAAGUAUUAGUCAGCAUUUAAAAGGGGACAUAUUGGGAAAAGAGUUUUUAAAAUUACUUUUGUUAAAUUGGGUAAGUGACUUUUUGGAAAAAGUACAUUAAAUGGUUUCUGUGUAAAUUAUUUUCCAAAUAAGUUUCAGAAGUUCUGUAGGGUGACACUGACACACAGGAUAGAUAAAAAGCCUUAAAAAAAGCAAUAAUCAUUCAUGGAACAAGCCCUACCUAAGUAUCCACUAUUUUCUCUAAAUUUGGUUUACAGUGGAGUUAUUUUAGCUUGAUGACAGCAAAAAGCCUUUUUAAAUAGGAGAUUGUGAAAAAUAAUAACAGCUUUUUGAAGGUUAAAAUUCAAUCCUUUUAAAAGUACCUAAGUCCAUCUUUACCCAGUAUAAAAAGCAUGAUCAUCUCUUGGAUAAAUAAAACAGGUACCAAAAUAGAAGGUGAGCUAGCAAGAAGUUAUUUGAUUUUUAAAAUGUGGUGGAAGCAUACGUUUAGUAUAUCACAAACUAGAAAUUUACAUGAAAGUCAAUGAAUAUUUACUGAGUUGAUGAGAAUACCUCUAAAGAGGUUUCCAAAUCUUUAGGAUAAUCUUUAUAUUUCCCAGAUGUUGAUACUUAUUUGCCCCAAGAGCAGCCAUUCAUAAUUCUGGCUUGUCAUAACAUGGAACUCUUACCUUUCCCAAUAUCUGCUAAUAUUUAUGAUACCACUCUCAGAGUGGAGAAAUUCAACUUAUUCCCACUCAGAAUCUUAUGAAAAUUAAAAGUAAUCUAUAUAAAGCUUAAUGCCUAGCCUAAGAACCAUCAUUGCUUGUUUAGGGUCGAGCAGGAUUUUGAUUACAUGAAGAGUAUAAUUCAAUGAAAGAGGCUUUCACACAGUUAUAGUGGAUGGGAGAAUCCUCUUUAAGAGACCAGAUUGUUCAGGAUUUCCCUUAUCAAAAGUGGUAGAGUAACCUUAAAAAUUCAGACACUAUAAUUCUAAAGAUGAACAUGCAUUUUUCAAUCGGAACAAAGCAGUAAUUCCGUGCAUUUUAAAGAAGGAAAAUAUUUUAAUUUGAUUACUCUCUUAAAUAGAUGCCAGACUUUAAAUUGAUGCAGAAUUGCACUUUGAGGGGGGAGGGGUUGAAAUAAAUAGUUAAUGGGCUGACAUCUUAAGCAAAUCUCAGAAAAAAAUAUUUUUUUAAAUAAUCAAAACAUUUUAAAAACCAGAUUUUAGUUUACAAUCAAAUUUGUAAUAAAUUAUAAGUCAAAAUUCACAAAAUAUUUUUGAAAUAAUCUUUCCCAUAGAAUGAACUAUUUUUAAAACUAAUAUGCCUUUUCAAACUCUAACAGUAUUCCAUUUGUUAGCUAAUUUUGGUUCAAUAUAUUGCGAAAGGAGAGCCUCCAGUUUGCCUAUUCUGUCAUUGCCUAAAUUUGCUAUAGCUGAGCCUGCUCAGACCGGGUAGGAGGUAUUCUGGUGAUGGCCACAUGUUUAGGUUUGACUUUCAUGUAGCUAAUGCAGCUUGGUAUGCCAGUUGACAGAUGACUAAUGUUAGAGCUAAAGGUGACACAGAGAGCUCAGAAUUGGUAAAGCCAUUUUGCUGCUGCUCCUUGAAAAAAUAAAAUCCAAACACAUCUGAUCAAAUAUACUUGCCUUGUGCCCAUGAUGGGAUGCUAAAUUGAAUUGAAAGAAAGCUUGAAUUGGCUCUGGACAGCCUAGCCUAUUUGUAGGGGGGCAUCCCAGUACCUGGAAGUUCCAGCUUUAUCCAGAUAAGACAAACUGACUGAACCCAAUCAGAACAUUUGUUUCUGAUUUAGUACAGUUUCCCUGUGCAGACACAACCUUAAUUUUUUUUCUAAUGGAGACACCAUAUUAUUUCUAUUUCAUGCCAAUCGCCAAAAGGCUAAACAUUAAAGAAGUACAACUACAUACAAUAUCCUAUCAAAAGAGAACAAAAAUUAAACAGGUGAGACAUCUUUUGUAGUAUGCAGAAGGGACCCAAACUUAGUCCCUGUAGCUGAAACAGUCCAUCCACAUAUCAUAUGGCAAUCAAGAUGGAUCAUGAAGAUACUAGAAGUGACCAGUCCUGCUCCUCAUGGUCUGCUUAUUCAGUCAUCCUAUUGUUAGAAACAAUCAGAUUCCUGUUGCUCUUGUAUAUAUAUAUAUGGCAUGAAGUCACUUGCCGCCGCUCAAGUUAGUGGCGUUACCUUUAAAUGCUUAUUUGAAAAGUGUGUAGUUAUAAAGUUCUUUCUUUUAAAAAAAGUCUCUUGGACAUUGAAGGGCCUAGCAAAGUGAAGAAGUGAGGCAAUUUUCUGGGUAAUUAAAAAAAAAAACACUGCUGAGGAAAGAGUAGAGGGCAGCGGUAUCAGAGAAAGGAAUCACUUACUUGGAUGUUUGGUCUUCAUGGCCCAGCCCCAGUACACUGAGUAAUUGAUCAGACCUUCAUAAUGAUUAGAUAUGAGAAAAACUUCAAUGGCGUUAUUCCAAUGGGAUAUAGACCAAUUCAUCUGAUGCAGAAUAAAUUAACUUGAAACUGUUCUAAUAUAGAAUUUGUUUCAGACAAGAAGGGUUGGAAAUCAGAAAGAAAAAGUAAGGCAGGCGUGAUGAAUCCAUAAAACAGUUACCUUACAGAUUUAUUUUGAGCCUUACUUCAUUCAAAAUCAGUUGUUUAGCCUUAAAGAAAAUUUAGGAAACGGGGGUUAUAAUUACUUUGUGAGGAAUAGUUUAUAGGAGAUAGAAAGUGACAGAAACAUCCAUUACCCAGGGACCUCAAGUGAGCUUGCUGAUGGCCUAUGAUUUUCUAUAUUGUCACAUCAAGAAGGCCUAUGUUUUCACAUGACACACAACAGUUGAUAAGAGCAGUGCAUUCAUAUAGCUUUAUAAAGGCUUUUCAGUGUCUUUAUCUCAUAAUUCAUGUUGCUAUCGUUUGAAUUUUUACUACAAUCAUUUUAAUGUGUUUUCAAGUAUUUGCCAUGCUUCUCUAAAGGAAAGUUUUGUGGAUAGCAUAGAUGGAGCACCUGUGAGGUGACUAUGACAUGUUUAGGAUAAGUUGGCUAAGAUAUACAGUUCUUUUUGGUUUAAUGUUUACUAUAAUCUAAAUUUAAAUGGUUCUCUUUACUAUUUUCUGAUUAUUGCUAGUAUGUGUCUAAGUAAGAAUUGCAUGUUCUGUUUUGGAAAGUAGUAUAUUAUUGUUGACAGAAGUUGCAAUGCUAUAUAAAAAGUGUAAGUUUUUGUGGUUAAAAUAAAAACACCACAAUUUAAAGAAACUGAUUCUACCAUUGUAAGCAUAUUCUUAUCUAAUAGCACUUUCCCCUUGUUUGGUUAGAUGUGUUCUAUGCCUUUCUGUGAAUUGUGUUGAAUAAGCAUCGUGGAGACUCUGUUAUUAGAUUAAAAUGAGUUCUGAAAUAAAAUCAC